AUGUCUCAACGACCUUGCGAUUUCUAUAACUCUCCUCGGGGCUGCAGGAAUGGGGCGAAUUGCCGCUUCGCUCAUGUGCGCACCGAGGAUCGCUCAGCGUCGCCGUCUGGCCGCAUCAUGGGGCAGCGGGGUGGACGCACGGGAUCUCCGGGAGGGAGAAGUACGGCCGACAGUGGCUCUCAGGACAACACCGCGCCGCCCGGCGUAUGUCGCGAAUUCUGGAGCUCUGCCAGGUGCAGGCACGGAUUCAGAUGCCGUUACGCACAUAGACAAGCGCCGGGGGUGAAUGCCCAGGCUACGAGUCCGAACAACGGCACUUCUGCGGUUGAGGCGAUCGCGCCUUUCUUGAACGAGGCAGGUCUGGCAAGACUCGCCGGCCCUGGUACCGAUGCCUAUGCAACUGCAAAUGUCGCUUCGGGUCGAGGUCUCGGGCCCACCGAGGCGCAGAAUCACCUCAGGACUUACUUGCGUGACAACUUUCGAUUCCACUCUUCUAUAAACGUCUACGGAUUCGCUAAAAUAUUGGAGAGCGCCUCUGCUACGAACAAUACUUGGCUUCUGCUCUCUGCUCUAGCCACCGGUAAUGGACUCCUUCGGCUCAUAGAUGUCAUUCAAUGGCCGCGGGUGUCCAUACGAGCUGGCCAUAGUAGAGAGGAGCUUUCAUUCCAGAGGGGUUAUAUUCCAGUGCUCCGGUACAUGUCCUCAGAAUUCGUCGUUCGAAGCACCUUGAGUCAUCUCGUGAAUGCAUUAUAUUCUGGUCUGAUUGGAGAAAACUUUGAUCACUUCUCGAAUGUGGUCCAGCAAUGCAUGGACGAUGCUAUGUCUAGGAAAUCAUUCAAGGAUAUUACUCAACCGACAUCAAGCCAACUGAGUGGUAAUCAGAUCAUAGCGUGUUUGUGCGGAGUGCUCUUUGAGUUUCUGACGCGAUUCAAGAACGCCGUGCCGACGUACAAGGGUCUCCGUCCGCUCGUCCUGAAACUGCGAGACUGGGCCGAUGCCUGGAUGCAGGGUGUGUCAGCGGCCCCUCCGUCAUUUGACGACGCGGCUUCCCAGUGGACGCCGGUCAUGCGCGAGACUAUCCUAGACCAUCUCAGAACCAAAGUUAACCCCCUUAUCGCUAUCGUUGAUCGCGAGCAAGCGAAGAUGGACAGGCGGACAAGACAGCAGGGAGCUAGCUUCGCAUCUUCUGCCGGAGUGGACUUUGACGAAGCUAUCGUGGCUGCCUUGUUGAAUGCCUAUGAAGGUCCAGGGGAGGAACGUGCGGGUGGGCCCCGUCAUGAUAACGACUUUGUCGAUACGGACCGUAUCCGCACUGUUCCAACUCAUGACGAGCUUGCAUGCCGUAUCCCCCCGUUCCUUCCUGCCAACAUUUAUGGAGCACCUCACCCGUUUCCCGCCGAGAGUAUGCAGAGACUGCUGGACAUUCAGUUUCGCUUGUUGAGGGAAGAGCUUACGGCGCCCUUGCGGUCGUCUGCACAACUCGUCAUGGAUGACCUUCACGCUCCCCCCGGUACCAAGACCAGGCUUGCAGAGAUCGUAGGUAAGAAGGGAGGAAAAUAUCGGUCAUUCGCCGACAAACUAGACUCGAUAAUGUUCAACAUCUACACGGAAGUAAAAUUCUCGUCGCUCGAGCCCGACCGUCGUGGUGUCUCUGUUUGCUUGUCGCUCGAUGCCCCACCUGGUCUGGCGCGUUCCCCGCAGGCCAAAGCAAGAGCCCAUUUCUGGGAAGGGGCGGGUGGAAAACGCUUGAUGCAGGGUGGACUGAUCGGCCUCAUCUGGAAAGCCAGGCAUGACGUUACCGUACACCUCGGUGUGGUAGCGAGCUCCACGAGAGACCUCGCAGAGUCGGCCAAGCAGAGUAACACUCGAGUAGCCAUCCGUGUCGUCUUCUUUGAUUCUGACGUCGAGCUCCGUAUCCUGCAAGUGCUGAAGAAUCCCGAGGCUGAAAGAGGAGGGACUAUGCUGCUGGUCGAAGCACCGGUCAUGUUCGAGUCCAUCCGGCCGUUCUUAGAGGCUCUGCGCACAGAACCAGAAACGGUGCCUUUUGCCAAGUACCUGAGUCAUCAUCCCCGCGGGUAUCUGGAGAAAGUCCAAAUUGACCCGCCGCAGUAUGCCCGACUUCCUGGUUUCACGUACAAACUGGAUUGUCUUUUCGACAGCCAGGCAGGUGUUCGGGACUUGGUAAUGGACGUUACAAAUAUACAAUCUAUGGAAGCCGCGAGGGAACAUUUAAAGAAGGGAAGUCGAUUGGAUGCCAGCCAAGCCGACGCCGUCGUGGACGCUCUUACCCGUGAAGUAGCGCUCAUUCAAGGCCCUCCCGGCACAGGGAAGAGUUAUACCGGCGUCGAACUUCUCCGCGCAUUGCUCGCAAACCAAGUGCGACCGAUUCUGAUGAUAGCGUUCACUAACCAUGCCUUAGAUCAUCUCCUUCGGUCCGUCCUGGAGACGAACGUCACUAAGCGUGUUGUACGGUUGGGUUCGAGAUCCAACGAUGAGAAAAUCUCCAAGCUCAAUAUCGAAGACCUGGAGGCGCUGGCUGGGCAAUCUCGUCUAGAUCGCGAAUUUGCUCGACUUCAUCGGGCUUUGAAGCAGGUUCAGGACGAGCUUAAACACCUAAUGGAAGGAUUCCUCCAAGUUGCCCUUGAUUCAAAUGACAUCGUCGACUUCUUACAGAUUCAGUACCCGGCUCACUACGAAGCCCUCGUUUCUCCUCCAUCCUGGGUUUCCCUACUCCAUGGGUUGCAGGCUAAUGCAAAUGAUGGCUAUCAGACCGUCUACCGCCGAGGACAAUCGGCGACGCCGGUGGACGAUAGUCUCUAUGCUUUCUGGCGCGAUGCUCGCGAUCUGCGUUUCUUAGAAUCGGCUGGUGAAUCCCAGGGGCAGCGGGCGUCCGACUCUUCAAAGGCGCCUCCUAGAGACCGCCACCAUAUUGGAGGUUCGAAACAUACAAACACGUUUAGUGUCUUGGCCGAUGUGGGACCCUCAGAGGCAGUAGAUGAAUCGUUGUCUGCAGAAGAUGAAACGGAGAGACUUCUCGAGGAACAAUGGAUGGAUGUGGUAUAUGACUCUGACAGCGAUACUUCGGAUACACGGAAUUUGGAGAAACAGGUAAACGAACGAGAGAUACCUGGGAACACUGUCGCGUCGACUCCACCACGAACACUGCAAGCGUCGGACUUGCGCGACCUACCCGAAUUUUUCGCCCACUUCGGCUUGCUAAAUGUCCCUUCUCCACCGACUGGCAAUGUCGGCCUAGACCAACUAUUAGACGAAGACAGCAUGUGGUCUCUAUCGAAGAAAGAGCGAGAAAGGCUUCAUAGGUUUUGGGAAGAUCGGAUUCGCAUGGACCGUUACGCCAAUCAAGUCGCCGACUUUGAUAGGCUCCGCAAGAGACAUCGGGAGGCCUUGGAUCAGUACAACGAAGGCAAGGAGGAGAGUCGGAGGACCUUGUUGCAAAAUGUGGAUAUCAUUGGAUGCACGACGACAGGCGCUGCGAAAUUAACCACCCUUUUGAAGGGCAUCGCUCCUCGCGUCCUGAUCGUGGAAGAGGCUGGGCAAGUGCUUGAAGCACACGUCCUCGGCAGUCUGGUCCCUUCCAUACAACAUCUCAUCAUGAUAGGGGACCCACUGCAGCUGCGCCCGACCCUGAAUAACUUUGUCGAAGGCUUGUCGAUGGACAAUAGACAGGGAGCACAAUUAUACAGGUUUGAUAUGUCUUUGAUGGAACGGUUAUCCUCAGCUGGUCUUCCCAUGUCCCGCAUCGACGUUCAACGCAGAAUGAGACCAACCAUUUCAAAUCUCAUAAGGCACACUCUGUACCCAACCCUCGUGGACCACGAACUUGUCCAAGGCUACACCCAUGUCCGUGGCUUUGCUAAGGACGUGUUCUUCCUUUCCCAUAAUCACGUCGAAAACGGUGGCGAGGACAGCGGCAGCAAAUACAAUAUCUUUGAGGUGAACAUGAUCAAAGAUUUGGUUCUUUACCUUUUACGACAAGGCUGCUACUCCAACGAAGGAGAUAUCGUUGUUCUGUGUGCAUACCUCGGACAAUUGGCUCGAAUGCGGGACGCGCUGUCAGAUGAAAUCGCUGUCGUGAUCGACGAACGCGACCAGCAACUGUUGGCGGAGCAAGAAGAGGAUGGCGAAGGGACAGAGGAUCGGAGUACCGCUGUAGAGCACCUGAAGAUAUCGAAAAGAGUGCGACUCCGUACAAUAGACAAUUUCCAGGGCGAGGAAGCCAAAAUUGUUAUCUUGUCCUUGGUUCGAAAUUCAGGAGGGGCGGAGGACGACGAGCAACCCAUUACCCGCACUAACAUAGGAUUCUUGAAGUCGGAAAAUCGUACUAAUGUCGCGCUGUCGCGAGCUAAGGAGGGUCUGUUCAUUCUGGGAAAUGCACAGAACCUCUCUGCACGGAGCAAAAUGUGGCGCUCGGUGUUAUCUGAACUAGACGACAAUGGCGCAGUUGGCGCAGGUUUCCCAAUAGCUUGUCAACGCCAUCCAGACAGAGUGGAAUAUGUAUCAAAACCUGGCCAGUUGCCCCGAGUGGCCCCUGAUGGCGGCUGUCUGCGGUCUUGCGAUGCGAGAUUGGCCUGCGGGCAUGUAUGCCCUUACAAGUGUCACUCUGACGAUCCACGACACGUUACUGUAAUAUGCUCUCAGCCUUGUCGGCGUCUUUGCCCUCGUGGUCAUCCAUGCACGAAGCAAUGCGCAACCCCCUGUGGCGCAUGUCUAUACCCCAUACGAGAUGUCAAGUUGCCCUGUGGACAUGUGCAAGCGUCUGUCCCAUGCAAUGUUCCUGUGAAGAAACAGCUCCCCACAUGCGAGCAUCAGGCGGAAAUGCCGUGCUCCCAAGACCCCGCCACCCACCUGUGCAAGUCAGCUUGCGGUGGUACUAUGGCUUGCUGCGGUCGCCCUUGCGGAGCCACCUGUUCUCAGUGUCAGGGACUCAAUACUAUUGGGAGAGCCCUCGGUGACGAGGAAGAUGCCCCGCCAACGGUAGUACCGAGGAUCAAGCAUACCGAGCACCCUUGCACGAGGACAUUGCCUUGCGAACAUCGAUGCCAGCAAGCAUGUUCCGAAAACCACGAAUGCACCACGGAGUGCAAGGAACCUUGCCGACAGGUUUGCGUUCAUGCUCGAUGCAAGAAUUAUUGCUCGACGCCUUGUUCCCCUUGUCAAGAGGCGUGUACUUGGACCUGCGCCCACUAUGCUUGCCCCGUACCGUGUGGUUCCGUCUGCGCCCGUCUUCCUUGUGAUACACGCUGCGACAAGAUGCUCUCCUGUGGUCAUCAAUGUCCAUCCGUCUGCGGUGAAGAUUGCAACAUACAAGUAUGCCCCACGUGCGCGUCUGAAGACGAGAAGUCGAGGAUCGUUGACUUCAUUAUGCACGAGACCCUCGGCAACGUUAAUCCAGACCUCAACACACUCGACCAGAUGCUCGUCACUCUUCCAACGUGUCGUCAUGUAUUCACGGUCGAAACAUUGGACGGCAUAUGCGACAUAAAGGCGUACUACACGCAUGACGAACAGAGCGGCAGAUGGCUUGGGCUAAAGGCGCCGGCACCUGGUUUCUUGAAGCCUCCCGUCUGCCCAACCUGUCGUGCAGCGAUAACAGCUCCCCGCUAUGGCCGUAUUUUCAAGAGAGCUGAUCUUGACAUUCUGGAGAAGAACGUAGCCAACAGGAUGGCCCGAUCACUUGCAACAGUCUCCGGGAUCUUGGACCAGGUUUCCAAGAUCGAGAUGCAGAAUCGACUGAAGGAGGCGGCUACGGGCAUUCAGGUCGCUUCGGUCGCGGAACCCAGGAGUCAGCGACAGAGACGUCAGAAGCAAAUACAGGGUUUGAUAGCAGAGCAAAGAGAAACGCCAGUACCUCCAUCCUCGCUCAACCCGCAAGCAGCGGAAUGGCAUAAUAUAUCGGCCGUAGAGGCUGGUGUAUGGAGGAAAGUAGUCCGCCCGCUGAUUCAAGCCUACGAGCAAGCCGUGACCAUAUCGAAAACACGUUCGGCGCAUAUCCACGCAUGGGAGUCAGCGUUCUCAUGUCUUGCGCAGCGAGAGCUGGACGCGGCUUUGAUGGACCCUGCCCACGCACCGCGCAACCCGAACGAGCACAGUAUGCGAAUGGCGCGGCUGCUCGUUGGGCAACCGAAACCCCAGGCGGACAAGAGAUUCUGUGUCGAGGCGUUCUGGUUUACCAUCAACAUCAGGUUUACCCUGGCCGAGCUAGCGCAGACUUGGAUGGAUGCCGUGAAGGAGCAACCCAACUAUGCUCGGCAGCGCUGGCAGCAGUGGGCGACAUACAAGCAGUUCCUGUUGCAGACUUGUUUGAGCGAUGCUCGGAUCGCUCUAGAUAUCGCUACGAGGUCGGAGGCUCGUCGCCAGAUGACUACGACGAGCCUGCUGAUUAUGCGCGCGGAGUUGGACAGGUUCCAAUUCAACGUGAAAAUGAGCCGAGAGAGCGGCAAAUUCGCAGAGCAACGAGAGAAGCUAGCUGAAAGUGCAAAAACUAAGCAUGCAGUCGCACUCGCUCACAAGGAAUCUGUUAUCAGGGCGCAUAUGCAGAAGAUGGGAGGGGCAGAGGCGGAUUGGCUACGCCAAAACUUCAUUGACGUGGCAGACACGAUAUGUGAGCAAUGGGAAGCGCUAGAGACUAACAUCCUGGCAGACACAUUCUAUCAGGAUGUUACUGUCGAGGAGAAAAUGUCAGUUCUGGCGGGAUUCAAACAUGAGUUUUACGGAUACCGAGGCCAUUUCUAUACCUGUCCUCAAGGCCAUAUCUACGCUAUUGCAGACUGCGGAGGUGCGGUGAUGACGGCAUCCUGUCCAGAAUGCGGGGCGCAAAUAGGGGGCACUGGUCACCAACUGCUGUCAAGCAAUCGGCGAGCGAUGGACAUGGAGGAGCUAGCUACGCAGCAGGGCUAUGCGCGCAAUCCGCACCCAUGGGGUAAUAUAUGA